AAGGUGAAUGAACGCCACUGCUAUUUAACUCCGGAGUGUGUUUUUACUUAAAGAAAAUGAGGUUUCGGCUGCUCAAGAGGAAUCUGCUCGCGCUUCUCGGCAUUUCAUUCGUAGUUGUUACUCUUUUGUUUUCAACACGCGUGUUAUUAGUUUCUGAUGACACAAGCGGACCCGGUAACACCGUAAAAAAGAACCCGGGCGUGAGCUCUAGUGACCCGGUAAAGUUGAACUUCAGGUCGCUGUCAGAGCUAACUCAGUCCGUUUACAGUGCCAACUUAAAGCAGUCUGUUUACAAUGCAGACAGAUUUCCAGGGGACCCUCGGCUGGUGCUGGUUGUGCAAGUCCACAACAGACCAGAAUACCUCAGCCUGCUUAUCAAAUCUUUGGCCAAAGCUGCUGAGGUCCACAGCUUCCUCCUCAUCUUUAGCCAUGACUAUUUUUCAGAGGAAAUCAACACAAUUGUUCAAGGGAUAACUUUCUGCAAGGUACUGCAGAUUUAUUUCCCCUUCAGCACUCAGCUGUAUCCCAGAGAGUUUCCUGGGCAGGAUCCACGAGACUGCCCCCGAGACAUAUCCAAGGACAGGGCUCUGGAAACAGAAUGCCUCAAUGCAGAACACCCCGACUCCUACGGUCAUUACAGAGAAGCCUUCAUCACUCAAACCAAACACCACUGGUGGUGGAAGCUGCACUUCGUGUGGGAGCGAGUGCAGGCGAUGCAGGGCUACAGUGGCUAUGCAGUAUUUCUAGAGGAAGACAACUACAUCUUACCAGACUUUUUCCAUUUUUAUAAAUCAAUGAUCGAGUUCAGAAAAAACAACUGCCCAGACUGUGACUUGCUGGCUUUGGGUAACCAUAAUGGCCUGGAUGGUUUCACCGCACUAUCCAACAAGGUGUUGACCACAGGCUGGAUGUCCACCAAACACAACAUAGGCAUGGCCAUCUCCAGGGAGGUGUACUACAAGCUGAUGGGGUGCAACAAUGAAUUCUGCACGUACGACGACUACAACUGGGACUGGACUUUGCAGCACAUCUCUGGAACCUGCAUAUCGAAGCCCCUCAAAGUGGCGGCAGCACUGGGCUCCAGGGUUCUUCACACAGGAGACUGUGGACUUCACCAGAAGGAGAACUGCAGACCAGAGUGGGCCGCGCAGAAGGUUGACGAAGGACUUCAGAAAGCUAAGGCCGGCCUCUUUCCUCCAUCACUUGUCCUCGAUGGUGCAGAACCGGUGGCGCACAAAGCGCACAUGAAGAACGGAGGAUGGGGAGACAUUCGCGAUCACAUCCUAUGUAAUAACUACGCCAAACGACUCUGAACUGCGACUUUUUAACAUUCUACAGGUGUGCCAUCUGAAAAAGACUUUUUCAGGCUUUUUAGGGGCUGCAUUGGGUUGUCUUCGCUUUCAGUGUUUUGUUUUUGUUUGUUUUCUUUUUAAAUGAUCACCCCCCAAAAUUGGACCAAAUCACAUCUAAACAUACUGCAUUGUUCAGCACAGUAAAGACAAUAUUUUUUUUCUUAAAUUACCAAAGAUGUAUGGGUGCCAACACCUUUUGUUGAAAUUUGUUCUGUAUGCUGCCUGCAAGCUCAGUUCAACUGAAUGUCAGCAGCUCUCUGGGUUUCCUACAAGCCACAAAAUUAGACUAUAUAUAUAUUGCACUUUGUUGUAAACUGAGAGUAAACCAUAUCCAGAGUGUGCACAUACGCACUGUCAUUUCUGAAUUUAUUUGCGAAUUCUGUAACUUGGAGCACUGCACUCAUUUAUUUACAUUUACAUUUCAGUUUGUUGCAACAUGAUUUUUACACUGUUAUUAUCAAACGUUUGAAAUUAAAUGUUUUUACUCAUGUG